AUGGCAGCGCGCAUCAGCACCGCCAUCCUAAGCAGGGCCCUUCGCCCACAGCAUACACCAUAUUUCCCCCGUGCGGCGUCGCGCUUCUACUCGACAUCAACGGAUGCCGAAAAGAGGCCGUCGAUAGUGGGGGAAUUUUACAAGACAUUUACCCGGCCCGUCCUUAAGGUUCUCCUGAUGGCGACCCUGACGUACCAGAUCGCGUACUGGAGCUGGACGAAGCUUGAGCAGGACGAGAUCCGCGCGGAGAAGGGAAGAGAGAUCGAGGGCCUCGAAGCCAAGGUCGCGGAGCUGCAGGCGGCUGACAAGAGCACACGGGCGUAG